AUGGCGACUUCAAUAAGCCGGCUGCUGGCACGCUUUGUCGCUGCUCUGUUCAUUGUUCAAUACACGCAGGCAAAGACAGUAACCUACGAUUUUAAUGUCACUUGGGUUAAUGCGAACCCGGAUGGCUUGCACGAGCGCCAGGUUGUCGGUAUUAACGGCCAAUGGCCCCUCCCCGUCAUUGAGGUCGACAAAGGCGACCAGCUCGUGGUGAACAUGUACAAUGGCCUCGGGACGCACAGUACCUCGAUUCAUUUCCACGGCAUGUUUCAAAACUCCACCAACAACAUGGACGGCCCGUCCAUGGUCACUCAGUGUCCGGUCGUGCCAGGGGCCUCUAUCACCUACAACUUCACAGUGAACCAGAAUGGCACAUACUGGUAUCAUUGCCACACCGACUUUUGCUAUCCCGAUGGGUAUCGCCAGGCGCUCAUUGUCCACGACAAGGAUGCGUACUUUAACGACAUGUACGACGAGGAGUUUACCAUCACAAUGAGCGAUUGGUAUCAUGAGAUGGUCGAAGACAUUCGAUUCAUCGACAAAACCAACCCGACAGGUGCUGAGCCUGUCCCGAAUGCGUUCUUGUUUAACGAUACUCAGAACGUGAAUCUUUCUGUGGAGCCUGGCAAAACUUAUCUCUUGCGGCUGGCCAAUGUCGGUGCAUUUGUGGCACAGUACUUCUACAUCGAAGAUCACACGUUUCAGAUUGUCGAGAUCGAUGGUGUCUAUACCGAGCCCAAAGAGGCAGAAAUGUUGUAUAUUUCAGUCGCACAGCGAUAUGCCAUUUUGGUCACGACCAAAAAUUCCACGGAGAAGAAUUAUCCGAUUGUCACCGUGGCAGACUCGAUGCUGCUGGAUCUCAUCCCCUCAGAUCUCCAGCUCAAUCAUACCAAUUGGCUUGAAUACAACAAGGACGCUGACCACCCACAAGCCAUUAUGCCCGUGGAAGUUGCGUCCGACCUCGAUCCGAUUGAUGAUAUGAUUCUCGUUCCCCAUGAUCGGAUGGAAUUACUCCCCGAGGCUGAUCUGGUCCUCGAUCUUACCGUGGCCAUGGUCAAUCUCGACGAUGGCGCCGGCUACGCCGUAAUCAACGAUAUCUCCUACACCAAGCCCAAAGUACCCACGCUCUACACCGUGCUGUCCUCCGGUGAUUUGGCCACAAAUGCUGAGAUUUACGGUGAUUUCACGCAUUCCAUGGUUCUGGGUCACAAUCAAGUCGUUGAGAUCAUUCUUAAUAACGGCGAUGGCGGUUCUCAUCCUUUCCAUCUGCACGGGCACAAUUUCCAGCUCGUCGAUCGUGCCCCCUCCUACGGCAGACACUUCUAUGACUAUGCAGACGGCGAUCCGCUGGUCUACGACCCCAACAACCAUACCGAAUUCCCCAAGUACCCGGCCCGCCGAGACACGUUCGUCCUUCCACCUCAAGGCUACUUUGUCAUUCGCUUCGUGGCCGAUAAUCCAGGAGUUUGGCUGUUCCACUGCCACAUCGACUGGCAUUUAGAGCAAGGGCUGGGCAUGACUUUUAUCGAGGCACCUGUGCAGAUGCAGGAAAGAACAACAAUCCCGCAGAAUCAUUACGAUGUCUGCAGGGCCGCCGGGGUCGCGUGGGAAGGAAAUGCGGCCGGAAACACACAAGACUUUCUUGAUCUGUCCGGUCAGAACAAGCAGAAGGGGUGGCUGCCCGCAGGAUUCACGGCUAAGGGUAUUGUAGCCCUCGUCUUUUCUUGCGUAUCGGCAUUCCUUGGUAUUGCCUUUAUCACCAUGUACGGUGUAUCCGGUAUCAAGGAGGCGAAGAAAAAAACGACCACACAACAGCCGGACGAGGUCGCGUCUGCGGACAGUGUCCGAUCUUGA